AUGAAGACCUCCCUCCUCAUCGCCGCAGUCUCCGCUGCCAUCGCCUCCGCCGCCCCUGCCCCAUCCAACCUUUCCGCCCGCGCUCCUCCCAACGUGCCCUCCAAGGCCGAAGCAACAACCCAGCUCGCCGGCCUCACCGUCGCAGCCCAAGGCCCACAAACCGGCUACUCUCGCGACCUGUUCCCUCACUGGAUCACUCAAUCUGGUGCCUGCAACACGCGCGAGACGGUGCUCAAGCGCGAUGGUACAAACGUCGUAACCGACAGUGCAUGCGCGUCGGUCUCCGGCUCGUGGUAUAGCCCAUACGACGGCGCAACAUGGACGGCAGCAAGUGACGUCGAUAUUGAUCACAUGGUCCCAUUGAGUAAUGCCUGGAAGUCCGGUGCAGCAUCCUGGACCACGGCCCGCCGCCAGGCCUUUGCCAACGACCUGACCAACCCCCAGCUUCUCGCCGUCACCGACAACGUCAACCAGGCCAAAGGAGAUAAAGGACCCGAGGACUGGAAGCCCCCGCUAACGAGCUACUACUGCACGUAUAGUAAGAUGUGGAUCAAGGUCAAGAGCGUGUAUGGGUUGACGAUUACGAGUGCGGAGAAGAGUGCGUUGACGAGUAUGCUUGCGACGUGCUAGAGUAUGAGGAGAAUGAAUGAAUGAAUGAAUGACUAAGUUUUUUUUUUGUCAUUUUGAAUAAAGAAUGAUUGGUUGAUUGGUUGAUUAUGUAUAUGUCGGAUUUACAAUGUAUAUAUGAAUUCUGGGUUUUCUCUAUCCGUGAGAUCGAGCCAUCUAGGAUAACAAUCAGAAAUUGGG